AUGAUUAGUCCCUACUACCUAGGGAGUACCCUACAACUACAACCCCCCAGUAAGCCCCUCGAGGGCCCCGACUGCGACGGCUCGGGUAUAGCCGACCCAGACAGCGACUGCAACGGCGACGGCAUCGGCAACCCCUACCCCCGCCCCCCAACCCACGGGCCGGACAAGAACCGCGAAGGCUUCCUCUUCGACAACCCGUCCACGACCUGUCCCUACGUAACGCAGAUGCACAUCUGGGACGCCUUCAAAAGCCUGGAAAAGGACAUGUCGAAGCUGUUUACGCUCAUCCACAAGAACGUCAGCUUCACGGUGAUGGGCAACCACCCGAUUGCGGGGCACUAUGGGGAUUUGAUGCAUUUCUAUGUGAAUGCGUUGAGGAGGGUGAGUGUGCUGUUUUACGACCAUGCGGAUAGGUUUGAGAUUCAUCCGCGGGCGAUCCACGGGGGGUGUGAGAGUCGGUGGAGUGUUGCGGAGGUUAAUUUUAGGGGGGUGAUGAAUUCUGGAGACGAUUUUGACAUCGUCAACGUCUGGGUAACGCGCUGGCACGAAGGCCAGAUGGUGGAGAUUCGCACGAAACGCUCGCGAGUCGCCUGCACUUCGUGCCAAUCUCGCAAGCGAAAAUGCUCCGGCGAUCAACCCUGCAGUACCUGCUUGCAGUUCGGGGUCGACUGUCAGUAUGACCUGCUCUCGCGCAAGAAGAGGGACGUCCGACCUCUCCGUCCCCAUCCCACCAACACCCCGUCCGUCGCCAGUGUGGUCCACGACGACCCCACUCCCAAGAACCACCCUCCCCCACAUCACGACCAACCCGCCCCCGGAGAUUCCACGGGCAUCCGCCUGAACUCGCGUGAAGCCAAUUCGGGCGCCGCCUUCGUGCGUCGCUUGGCCCUCAAGAUUGACCCGCGCAAUGCCCCCAAGCUGCACCUUUUCGCCUGGAACGUCGGCAUCCGUCACCCGCCCUCGACCCUCCCGGCCCGGAGCGCCGUCCCCGUCGUCGAGACCAUCUCCCAGGACGACAUGCGCUCCCUGACCUACAUCUUUUUCGACAAGAUCGACCCCUGCUACGGUUUCCUCGACCGCGACAGCCUCCUCCGCCAGGUGAGCCGGCGCUGGCUGCCCCCCACCGCCGAGUCCGCCCUCGCCUUUGGUCCUUACGAUGCCGUCCUCUGUGGCGUCGCCGCCCUCGGCUACCUCUUCUCCCGCCGCCAAGCCACCUCCACCGAGCUCCAGCUGGCCGAGACCGCCCGGCUCAUCCUCGAGCAGAAUGUCCUCGCCGAGCCCUCGCCCUCCGCGGCAGACCUCAUCGCCGGCUGGGUCCUGCGCGUCGCCUACCUGCGCAUGACCGCCUCCCCGCAUGCCACCUGGAUGGCCAGCUGCACGCUCAUGCACCUCAUCGAGGCCACCGGCCUCCACCUGGAACCGCCCGACCCUUCCUCCGCCCCGCACCCCGACCCCAUCCUCCUCGGCCAGUCCAUCCCCCCCACCUCCUCCGACGAACCCUACCCCUGCGACCCCGAGUUCCGCCGCCGCCUCUUCGGCAUGGCCCGGCACCUCAACACCUGGAUCUCCUUCGAGCUCAGCCGCUCGCGCGUCGUCCUCUACGGCGCCACCACCCUCCCCCCGACCCCGCGCCCCUCCGGCUACACCACCGAGAUCUUUAACCUGCUCCCCAUCUCCGAGAACCUCGACCCCAGCACCACCCAAGACCUCCCCGACCUCGAAGCAGCCCUCACCCACGUCCUCGACCUCAUCCACCCGCAACCCACCCUCGUCCUCGCCCAAUGCAACCUCAUGCUCUGCAUCUACCGCCGCCUCCGCGCCCUCCACACCGGCAUCGCCGGCGACCUCCUCGACCGCGUCCUCGCCCUCGCCGCCAAGGCCCUCCGCGCCUCCCGCGACCUCGUCGCCUCCGACAGCCCCUGGCACCAGGUCGCCAACGUUCCCUUCCAAAUAGUCAGCACCCUCGUCGCGAUCGACACCCGCGCCUCCCUCCUCCUCCUCGGCGACGCAAUGCGCACCCUCCGCGAGGUCGCCGCCGCCUACAACACAGACGUCAUGCGCGAGGCCUACUCCACCGCCUACCUCCUCAUCCUCCUCCACCAGCGCCGCAAGGAAGAAGACACCCGCGCCCUCCGCGACGUCCUCCGCGUCAACGCGGACGUCUCCGCCCCGCCCAUGGACUGGACCGACCGCGAGCGCGCCCCGUCCACCCACUCCCUGGCGGACUAUCCGGGCUUCUCGUGGCUGAGCGACGUCUUGAUUGAUAUGCCGCAUUUGUCGCAGUAUGAUCUGGAUACGUUUCUUGACACGGAUGUUUCGACGCCGAUGCCGACUACGAGGAUUUGA